CUAAUUUCUUGCCUGCAUUGAGUGUCAGCUGCAUCCGUCCGUCUGCCAGUUUGGUGAAAGCAAGAAAUCGCCCUUCUCGUCGGUAUCCUUUUGGCGAUUUAAGCAGAAAUCAUUUGCAACAAAAUCCCGGGAACUGAAAGCCGCUGCAGAUCGGUGUAACUGGGUUUGACAAUAGGUUCACUCAUAUUUGUUUCACUGAGUAGUCAGCAGGAAACCAUUCAUGCCGACGCUGAUGGGACAUUGCUCCGGAUCUCACUUCCAGACGAUGACAUCUGCACGGUCCUUUGAGGCUAAGAAGCUGAAGAUCCUAGGCUCUCUAUCUCUCCCUGACGAAGAAUACACGGAUUUGUCACCCAAGGGCUCUGUAGAUGUCGGCAUUAGAGGUUUAAUUCGGGACAUUAACCGGCUCCAAGGACUUGUGACAACGAGCAGCUGCGCUGGCCGGAUUAGCGUUUUCCUUGAAGGGGCAGGGUUGAGCGCAGAGCCGUCGUCGCAGGACGGUGGGGAACGAGAAGAAGAAGAAGAAGAGGUCGGCGGGGAGUUGUCGAGUGCUCAAACGAGACAAUUUGCCUCGACUGGCGGGAAAGGCAGCGGAAAAUGGCAAUUUGUCUCGCAUGAUCCUGUGAAUAUCGACCGAUCUCGCCACUCCUUCCACGAGCUCUUCGGCCUCCAACCUGGAAACGGCUCAAUCAAAGCGGGAAAAAAUAGAGAGAUGCAGCUUGUGCGUUUUCAUUUUGAGCCAAUGAUCCUCCAUAUCAUGGCAGAGUCCCUCAAACAUGCCCAGCCUGUCCUGGCCGCAGCAUCAAGUGCCGGCUUUCGCGAAAGCGGCAUCCAAGGCCUUCGCUGCCUUGAUGACUCGAACGCUUGCCCCAUUGUGGCCGUGAGGUCAUCUGGAUUGGCGUUGGAGUCCAUUAUUGGCUACGUAGAGAAAGGGAACUCUCCGGAAGAGUCCACUGUCCGCAGUCUUGUGAGCGAAGAAUACCUCCGGAUGCUCGUUUCUAUCGCCAAUGAAAGGUUCCAAAGCAACUACGGUCGAAUGGACAGAUUUCGGACCAAAUUGUUAUCCCUAUCUUCAGGAUCUCCAUCCAACUUAUCGUCCCAGAAAAGGGAGUGGGAGGAUGCCGACCGAAGGAGGGAGAGGAAACGUGCUGAAGGACUACAAAGGAGAGAAGCGGCAAGAAAAGCCGCCAAACCGAAUGAUAAGACACCCGAAAGCGAGGAUGAGAUGCCCCUUGAUUUCCCUGACGCCCAAGGGUGAAAUACUGGUAAAAGCCAUUACGUCGCUAGUUAUACGGUAGCAAAAUGGCCGAAAUUCCUUUUUGUUAUUUUAACUCCUCUUUUACUUUUUGAUUCAUACAUUAUUCUUCCAGCCAGGCAUAUUAAGGGCCUUUAACCUGGGCUAGUAACAAGGGGAGGGCCCGCCCCGACAAAAACAGACAAAAACAGAACGCAACAGCCUUUAAUACCCUUGCCUUAAACACCCUAGAUGGACUUCCCAAUCUGUCCUCAACUCCUUGUCAACAAUACUCUGUACCAACAGCCAUCUAGGGGGUUAGGGCAAGGGAGUUAACAAGACGUUU